AUGGCGAAUGACAAAUCUAAAAGUUCGUCGCCAGCUGCAGAGCAAUCACCUCCUCGUAACGCUGAUAGCCCUGAAGAGGCUCUUCUUGAAGCGGCUGACGACGACUCAGCAAUUGGAGUUACUGAUGAUGAAUUAUCGACUGCGUCUUUGCGCUCCAGUAUUUACGAGUACCAUAUGAUCAAUGGUCGCGGAUAUCAUAAAGACGAGAAAUACUGGCUCCCCAGUGAUCAGAAUGAAUCAGAACGAUUAGAUCUCCAGAACCACCAGCUCUUAUUGACAUUUGGCGGCAAGAGGUAUUUUUCACCCAACGCUGAUACGGCCAAGCGAGUCCUUGAUGUUGGUACGGGCACAGGGAUUUGGGCGGUUGAGUUUGCCGACGAACAUCCUCAAGCUGAGGUCUUUGGUAUCGAUAUAGCUCCUAUACAGCCAGAAUUUGUCCCUCCCAACUGCACCUUUGAGAUCGACGAUGCCGAGAAGGAAUGGACUUGGACUAAGCCCUUCGACUACAUCUUUGUUCGCUUGAUGGUCGGCAGCAUAGCAGACUGGGACAAACUUAUCCGGCAAUGCUAUGACAACUUGGAACCCGGGGGCUGGCUCGAAGUCAUCGACCCAACAUUCCCCGCCAAAUCAGAAGACGGAACCCUCAAGCCCAAUUCUCCCUUACACCGAUGGGAUGAACUAACCGCCAAAGGCGCCUUGGCCCUCGGCCGACCAUUCGACGAAGGAGUCAACCACGAGAAGCGUCUUAAAGAACAAGGCUUUGUCAACGUCACGAGAAAGGCCUUUAAAUGGCCUACCAACACCUGGCCCAAGGACCCGAAGUUUAAAGAAAUAGGACUCUGGACGCUUGCUAAUAUUGAGAGGAACCUUGAGACUAUCAGUAGUUUUCUGCUGAGACAGGGACUUGGUAUGAGUCAAGAGGAGAUCUUGGUGUUUAUUUCCGAGGUUAGGGCUGAGAUGAGGAAUUUGAAGGUUCAUGCUUAUUGGGAAGUGUUUGUUGUUACUGGACAGAAGCCGGAGGAAACGGCCUAG